GGCCUUUCCUUUUACGGUCGGCGGGGCGGGGCGUCGACCGGCCGCUCGGCGGAGGCGGCCGACAGUUUCCGCGGCGACGGGCGGAGGCAUACCUCGCCGUGCGCGCCGACGCUAAUGCGGCCGCGUGACUCGGAGGCACCCGGCGAAGGGUUAAAAACUGCUCGCUGAGGAAGAGGAAGCUCAACGCGCCUUCUAAUGUCGAUGAAGAUGAUGAGGAUUCUGCGGUGCGGCGGUCUGGCGACACCCUGAGAAGAAGCGGGCGGCCAUGGGAGACGGCGGCGGCGCCCCACCUCAGAUGGAGGGAAACGCCCUCCUGAAGGCCGUCUUCCAGGGGAAGCUGAGGCUGAGCCGUCUGUUGCUGGAGGGCGGCGCCUACAUCAACGAGGGAGACCAGCUGGGUCGCACGCCGCUGGCGGCCGCCUGCCUCGCCGACUACGAGGACCCAGGAACGCGCGUGCGCAUGCUGCGCUACCUGCUGGAGAGGGGCGCCGACGCCAACAUCCCGGACAAGGGCGGGCGGACGGCGCUGAUGCACGCCUGCGCCCGGCGAGCCGGCGAGGAGGCCGUGGCCGUCUUGCUGGCCGGCGGCGCCGACCCCAGCCUCAAAGACCACUCGGGCCGCUCCGCCCUCACCAGGGCCCUGGACGGGGGCCAGCGGGACACCCUGCGGGUCCUUCUGGAGGCCUGCAGGGCCAAAGGCAAGGAGGUCAUCAUCAUCACCAGCGACACGUCUCCUUCCGGCACCAAAAAGACCAGGCAGUACCUCAACUCGCCCCCGUCCCCGGGCGGGGCCGACGCCGAGCCCCGCGCCUGCAUGUCCCCGUCGGACGUGGAGAUCGCGACCUCGUCUCCGUCCGGAGAAGGAGUCUUCAGUUUCUCCGCGCCGCCUCGGUCCGACGCCCGCCCGCAGGGGGAGAGGAGGGCGGCGGCGCCUCCGCGCAAGUUGCUCAAGAGACUCAACUCCGAGCCCUGGGGCCUGGCGGCGCCCUCGGCCUGCGGCGCGCUUCCCACGGAGAGCGUGGCCCGUCUGAGUCAACGGAUGGACGCCGCGUUUAUCGGCGAGCCCGCCCGACCUCCGACGGCGCGGCGACACAGCAUCGAGACCCACGAGCCCAAAGCGGCGGAGCGCUUCGGUGCCGAGUUCCGCGCCCCCUCCGGCCGGGCGGACGAGGUUCAACGUCGCCCCGUCCCGUAUUUGUGGAGCGUCGAGCGCGGCGAGAUCUCUGCCGGUCCGGAGCCGAGCGGGAGCGAGCGCCGUCGGGUCCCGGGAUCCGUCCCCGGAUCUCCCGAGAAGCGGCGGAGGUACGACGGCAACGACCCGAGCGGGCGGCGGCCCGGUAUCCCGGAGCGGCGCGGCUCCGGGACCUUCCCGCUGGAGCGCCUUUCCCACGGCAGGCUCCCUUGCGGUUUCCUGCCGCCUCUCAACGUCAAACUCCAUAGAGGAGCCGCAGACGUCGGCGAGCCCCCCUCACCGACGCGCGGCGCUCACAAGAUCCGGGUCCCCGUGGCCCCCGCCUCGCCCAAACGCGGGUCCGACUUGAAAUGCAAAAAGAAACUGAUGAGAAGACACUCCAUGCAGACGGAGCAGAUGAAGCAGCUGUCCGCCUUCCAAGAGAAGGCGGUCGAGUCUUACGGCGACUGAGGACUGGGCGGCGGCCUCACGGUUCAUCAUUUCUGCAGAGACGCCUCACAAGUUACUAAUACGUGGAGUAGUAACGCAUAUCUCCGUCAGGGGCUUCCAAACUUUUUUCUCAGAGGGAGGCCAAUUUGAAACCCUAAGCCUACACACGGCUGGCGAUAUACAGUACAUCGUCACGACAUGUGGUAGGAUGUCACCAAUUGCGUGAAGGGAUCGGGCCCUUGUGAAAUGAAUCGAUUCUGAAGCGUUAACUCGUUGAGGGCGAGACGUACGAUUCGUUUUGACCGGGAGGGCUGUCAAAUUGUAUUGGACGUAGGUGGUCUGUGAUGCGUGAUGACUCUGUGCCAGCCUUCCCAGUAGAAAUGGAUUUGAUGUCUGGUGAAUGGGUUAAGGGCUAAAAGUUGUCACCCAGAGGUGGAAGGAUAAUGCAAGAAUAAUAAAAUACUGUACAAAUACUGCUUUGAACCCUGAGCUAAUGGAGGCUCCGCUAGCACCAUCAUGUGUUAAAAAUCAGAAGCACAUAACCUAGUUCCUUGUUUGGGCCAUUUCAAGGAUUUUUUUUCUUCGUCGUCAUCGUUAAGAUUCAGAGAUUUAAGAUGAAAACAGAUGCAACGAAAUUCCGUUUGAUGAGUGAGCCACUGCAGACGUUCCGCGCCGCCAACUUCUCUCUUCUUCAGAAAUUACAGAGCAAGUUACAGGUAGACACACAUAUAUCAUACAACAUAGCAGGGGUAUGACACCACGCACUGGUCACGUGCAGGGAUUUUUUCGUAUGAAAAAAAACAACAACAAAAAAACUACCAGUCAUGGCUGGAGGAUGGGGGGAUCAGUGAUAGCUAGAAAAAGGCGGUGGCGGACUUGAGGGGUGAGGAGGUUGUGUGCGAGUGUGUGUAUGCACCAGUGUACCAGUAUUUGUAUGUAUCUGUAGACAAAAAAAAAAAAAAAAAAAGUCGCAAGGCACUGCGACCAGCCUUGGGAAGAGAUCAAGGGCAAGAGAUAGGGCCAUCUGUGCGGCUUUCUCCAGGAGAAUGGAGGGGUUGGGGAAGGGAAAGGAAAAUCAUAAUGGAAUUAAGCCAAAUUAGUCAUUUAAUUUGUCCAAAUACGGUUGGUCUUCAGUCAAAUUCACGCUCCUCACGGCGUAGGCGAGUCCUCAGCUCCCUUAAGUCAUUGCCAAUAGUCGCGGUCUGCCUCGACAGUUCAGUCCCCUAGCGCAAAGUAGUAUCCACUUUUUUCCAUCCGUCCUCGGAACGAACCGCGAGUCCACGAAGCCAGUUCUCGAUCCGAGCCUCGACGCGGUCUUCCAGUGCCUUGAAUCGCACCGUUUGAUACGUGGUCAAUUUGUCGAUUUCCUUGAAAGCUGCCGUCUCGGAAACUUUCCGGUAGAGCGGGGCACCUCCUAAGCCAAGCCGAAGGAACCGCACGACUGUCGCGCCAAACAGUCCUAUAUCUUCGAUAUCUUCCACAGACAGGACAGUAAGACACGCUGGCUUCCAGUGACCCCACGAAUCUCUCACAUAUCCAGCGGCGAAGGUCCCGUUAGGGCAAGACACCGUGUCUUGUUGAAAAAAAUCUUGUCAAUUGCGCUGAGAGACCAACUAAUCAGAUCCAUUUUCGUAUGAGAGACAAGGACAGUAGAUCCACAGAGGGAAACUUCACCAAAAAAAGCAGACAGACUAGACUGAUGAAGAUAGCGGCAAGCAGGAGCAGGGAGGAGACACGUCCGCCCCCGUCGAAGGCAGGAAGAAGAGGCUAGGUUAGACACCCCUGCUGUAUGUGAUCAUCUCGUCCGCAUGAAUAUGGAGUUGAUUUUUUGGUUGCCGGGAGGAUUUAGGGUAUUCAAUAAAUAAAUACUGCAAACUGCAAAACGUUUAGAUUCCGAUUCUAACAGACCAUUGAUUUUGCCUGAUGUGGCUUUCUAAAAAAGCCGAUGGGGCCGUAACAAAAAAAAACACAAUCGCGAUGCAAUUUUUGACCCACGAUUCCAAAUGUCAUUUUACUUGAAUUACAUUUACACCCACAUUUUAAGAAACAAAUCACCUGAAAAUUUCUCACUGAUGCACAAAUUAAACGAAUACAAAUAUAACCAUUCUCCAAAAUGGUAAUAAUAAUGCUUUGGGGGGUGGAGGUUUGCUUUUAACCAAAAGUUUGGGGGGGGAAAAAAAACUAGCAGCUUUCUAUGUCAAAACUUUUUUUGAUCAUUCAAGACAUUUUUAUCCCCCUUCAUUGUAAAAGCAUGAAUGAACCUGCAUAAACUACUGUAUGUAGUUUGAAUUCUUCAGAAUAUUGCAUAUAGGUUGCGGGCACAUACGACAUGAGGAAAGAAGGAAAGUCUGCCGCUGUCACGUUCAAACUUUGGGAACCUAACCCUAUUAUGAAAGCGGAAGUAGCAUGGUCAAAUGUCACGCAACGAAACGGCGAGGAAGGGCAUCUUUUAAUUCACGUGGCUUAGUAGCUAGAUUUGAAUAAUGUCAGAGCCAUCGCUGCCCUUCACAAUCAGGCUUUUUCAAAUAAUUCCGCCUUUCUUGCCAUUUGUGUGAGCCAACAUGUUGUUCACUACUUCUUUUACAAGGGGGAUUUUUUUGGGGGGGGCGUUCUCCUUGCUUCGGCUUUGACCGCCUUAAUGGUACUUUGGAGCUGACGGUUGUUGACUUUCGAACGUUGCAACUCUAAAAAAUUCUAAAGCUGUCCGCCGUAGGCAAAUGAGCAGCAAAACCAAUGUUGAAGGGAAUGGGCAAAUGUGGAUGAGGACAACAAUGGCAUCGACUCCAAUUUAGGAGAACGUGCAGGGUAGCGUGGAGAGCAGAAGGGAAGGGCCACCGUCUUUGCCUGGUGUACCGUCCGGCGGAUCCAAUUCCAAGGGCGGAGCAAGCCACAGCAAACAGACAGCGGAGUGGACCAAUCAGCGACGGGCAGCCGUGACGACGUUAAAGCGACAAGUAAUUAGCGUGAGCGGAGAAUGGAGUUUAUUCAACAUGGCUAGCGCGAGCCAUGUUGACCGUUGUCAAUGACUUGUUUCGAUGUGUUUUUGGUCAUUUCAAACUGGUUUUACUGCGGAUUGGAACAUAUUCUCGGCUCUCCCGUUCAGCAUCUGUGUUCUUGUAGACACGACUUUCGGCGCGCAAGCGUGACGUUACUCGUUAAGACCACGUCACGCAAAUAAACCAAUCUGAUUGGACGAUUGAUUUUGUACCUUGCCUGAGAGGCCGUUAAUGGGCUGGGUCCCAGACUAUUUCUCACAGUGUUUGAAAAAGAAUACUCUGGCUGUGCCAGGCAACCAGUCUUUCUUUCACGCCAGCUGUUUUAUUCCCCCCGGUCGGGGUAUUGCGCUUAACGUUUUGGCAAUCUCGCAGGUCAAUCAGUGUACGCCUCCGUUCGUCUCGUCGCAAAUUUGGCUCUAACUACGCUUGAAGGAGUGCCAGCGUUCUAUCGUCUCGCACCACCACCGAUCGGGACGGUGACUCCGAGUACCGCUGUUUCGCUUUCGACACGCGUAUCGCGACGGCCUCGAGAGCCAGCGCUGUCGUAUCGAAUCCGAGAGGACUUGAGCGGAAAGAUUCAAAGAGGUCGCCGCGGCGUCCCGUGCGCCGCAACUCCGUUACCCUUUCGGGUUCUCGGCGCAUGCGGAGAUGGCGAAAGAGCUCGGAAAUCGACGCCACGCGCUUCCUAGUUUUGUGUGAAAAUGGAUAUUUAUUAUUCUCAAUAAACAAAGAUUUUUAAAAGUGGUACAGGAAAUACAUCGUCUUUCUUCUCGCUCAUUUUAAACACGGUGUUCAUUUGUCGAAGAACUUUUUGUUGAGGAGGAAGAUGAGCAAGUUGACGUUGACUUUGGCCUUGUCGAACAUCUUCAUCACCGCCACGCCGUCGUACUGUAGCUGGAGGAGGUCCUGAACGGGCGGACGGAACGGAUGACGGAACGGCGCGAGCCGCGGGGAGAGGAGACGGCGGCGUUUACCUGAUACUUGAUGUGGAAUUCUUCCAUGUCCACGCCCAAGAAGCGAGUUUUGACCAGGAAGCUUCCUUUCUCGGCGCCGUUAGCGAUGUCGAACUGCACGUUCUUGAACCUUGGCACGAGCGCACGUUGGCGUUAUUUAGGGAUCGGAUGAGGACAAAGCGUCAAUGUAAUUAUGACCGAGUUAGCAUUGGCAUAAUUGGCAUCCGUUGUCCUGAGGCGGGACGAGGACUUACAAAUAAAUCAAACUCUGUUAUACAAAAUGCACAAGUCCACAUAAAAGACAACAAAUUGACAUACAUAUGCGAAGAGUUCUGGUUUGCAACGAACCACUGUUGGCUUGAUUUUUUUUUUUUUUUUUGUAAAUAGAACUGCCUGGAACAUUAAAUGGUCAUCUUCACUGCUGGCCAAACGUAUUGGCACCCCUGUAAUACUGUCAGAUAAUGCUGAAUUUCUCCCAGAAAAUGAUUGCAAUUACAAAUGCUUCGGUAGUCAUAUCUUCAUUUAUUUUGCUUGCAAUGAAAAAAAACACAAAAUAGAAUGGAUAGGAAAAAAAUCAUGAUGAUUUGACACAAAACUCCAAAAAUGGGCCGGACAAAAGUAUUGGCACCCUUGGAAAAGUCGUGAUGCUUCUCCAAUUCGUGUAAUUAACAGCACCUGUUACUUACCUGUGGCACAUAACAGGUGGUGGCAAUAACUUAAUCAUGCGUGCAGCCAGUUAAAAUGGAUUCAAGUUGACUCAACCUCUGUCCUGCGUCCUUGUGUCCAGAAAGCUGGGCCUCCCUCAGAGGUCUUCCAGCAGGACAAUGACCCAAAACACACUUCAAAAAGCACUAAAAAGUGGCUUGAGAGAAAGCACUGGAGAAGUCUAAAGGGGCCAGACCUGAAUCCCAUAGAACACCUGCGGAGAACUCUCAAAUCUCAGAGAUCUGGAGCAAUUGGCCAAAGAACAAUGGUCUAAAAUUCCAGCAGAGCAUUGCAAGAAACUCAUUGAUGGAUACCGGAAGCGGUAGUUAUUUUGUCUAAAGGUCUUGCUACAAAGUAUCCGGCUGAGGGUGCCAGAACUUUUGUCCGGCCCGUUUUUGGAGUUUUGUGUAAAAUGUUGAUGAUUUUUUUUUUUUUUUUUUUAAUUCUCAUUCGUGUUUUUUCAUUGCAAACAAAAUCAAUGAAGAUAUUACUACUGUUUGUAAUUGCAAUCAGUUUCUGGGAGAAAUUGAGCAUUAUCUGAAAGAAUUGCAGGGAUGCCAAUACUUUUGGCCAGCAGUAUAGAUGCCACAUUUGGCCCAAUUUAGUUUGGCGCCUUAGUGCAUGACUGUCACCUCUAGUCUUCAUUCUAGAGCAGGGGUACUGACCAUUUUUUUGCUCCAAGAUCUACAUUUCAAGGAGACAACCUCCUGCAUGUUUUUUUUUUGCCUAGAAAGCUCAGCAGCAGUGGACAGUAUGUUACGAGCUACUUAAAGGUGCACAGUGUAGGCUUCUUGGCCAAAAAAAAAAGGACUGCGACUGAAAAUUCCGCUUCAAAUUGGAGAACCUGCAGGAAAAGAAGUGCUCUGCAGAAGGUAUAUCUUAUUUUGAAAUUUUAUGAAAGAUGUUUAGUUAGUAUAUCCAUGACCCAAGGGAGGGAGGGCUACUUUUCUCACUAUCAUUUGGUAAUGUAUUGACAGCAUCCACAAAGACGAUGGAAUGGCUUUGUCCAUUUUCAUUUCAAUUACCGACUAAAUAUAUAUACACAUAUAGACUUGAUCUUUGCUCCGGUCUAUGGAUUUACAUGCUAAAUAAUGUAGCAUAUCCUUGUUUUCUAGAAUCCUUUGAGAUUUGGAACAAAAUGUAUUUGCUUGAGCGGUAGACAUUAUUCAAACUGUUGGUCAGUUGUUGACACGGCCAGGGGCGUCACUAGGUUUUAAGAACGGG